AUGUCGUGCAAUUCGGGGGAGUGCAGGGGGCUCCCCCUCUACAGCCGCUACUCAGCCCCCCCUGCUCCGGACCCCAUGCAUUACUCAUCUGUGGCCCUCAGCUCAGACCCCCCAUUAAACAAUGGCUCUGGGACCCCCUGCUCUGCUCAAGACCCCACGUUUCAGGUGAGCAACCAGACUGGGGGUGCCAAGGACAUCCAUGCAGAAUACUCCCGCAAGUGCUUCUACCGACACUACCUGACCCGCACCAGCAUGCAGGGCGAUAUCUAUAACUUCCUGGAAAGACCCAGCGGUUGGCGCUGCUUCAUCUAUCAUUUCAGUGUGUUCCUCCUCGUCCUCAUCUGUCUAAUAUUCAGCGUCCUGUCUACCAUAGAAUAUUACUCUGAAUUUGCCACUGGAACUCUUUUCUGGAUGGAAAUCGUCCUGGUGGUGUUCUUCGGUGCCGAGUAUCUUGUACGGCUAUGGUCAGCAGGCUGCCGCAGUAAAUAUGUUGGCUUCAGGGGCCGGAUACGAUUUGCUCGGAAGCCCAUCUCUAUAAUUGAUCUCAUUGUGGUCAUAGCGUCUAUUAUCGUACUCAGUGUAGGCUCCAAUGGACAAGUCUUCGCCACAUCUGCCAUUAGGGGGAUCCGAUUCCUGCAGAUUCUCCGCAUGCUACAUGUAGAUCGUCAGGGAGGAACAUGGAGACUUUUAGGAUCUGUAGUGUUCAUUCAUCGUCAGGAGCUGAUCACCACUCUGUAUAUUGGAUUCUUGGGGCUGAUCUUCUCCUCCUACUUUGUCUACCUGGCUGAGAAAGAUGCUGUAGAUGAAGAGGGAAGGACUGGCUUUUCCAGCUAUGCUGAUGCCCUCUGGUGGGGAGUGGUUACAGUGACGACUAUAGGAUACGGGGAUAAAGUCCCACAGACCUGGAUCGGGAAAACCAUCGCUUCUUGCUUCUCUGUCUUUGCCAUAUCGUUCUUUGCUCUUCCAGCUGGAAUUCUUGGCUCUGGAUUUGCUCUUAAGGUUCAACAGAAGCAAAGGCAAAAACAUUUCAACAGACAGAUCCCAGCGGCGGCAUCGCUGAUCCAGACUCUCUGGAGGUGUUAUGCUGCUGAGAAGUCCUACAGCUCAACAGCCACGUGGAAAAUUUACCUAACUCCUCCAGAUCAGGGAAACAAGACAGCACCAGCACCACUCAGUCCGUGCACACGGAGACAGAACAGAAGAAGUAAGAAGAAGACCAAGUCUGUACACGAGGCCCUUGUCACCCCGACAAGUCCAACAUUGGCUCCACUAUGCCUCUCCCCAAUUCCACGAGGGCCCCGAGUCUCCCCCCCAGAGAAUGCACUGUCUGUGCCUCACAUCACCUACCAUCACGCAGAGGACGAGAAGAGAGACGCAAACUUCCAGGGACCAGCAGGUCGCUGUAGAUCUUGGUCUACCCUCUCUAUCUGCACAUCUGGUAUCUCCACAAUACAAGGGAGGGGUCGGCCGGACGAAUCUCUGCCAGAUAUCUCCAGGACUAACAGCUACACUGAUGACAUGGAUGCAGCGAGCGAGGAGAGCCCUCUGCCGGCAGUGACAGAUAUAUCACACACUAUGAGCAGACUGACAGACGCACACAGGACAGCAGUGAAGGUCACCCGUCGCAUGCAGUAUUUUGUUGCCCGCAGGAAAUUCCAGCAAGCCCGCAAACCAUAUGAUGUCCGAGAUGUGAUUGAACAGUAUUCCCAGGGACAUCUGAACAUGAUGGUACGGAUCAAGGAGCUACAGAGGAGAUUGGACCAUUCCCUCGGCAAGCCGGGCCUCUUCCUCCCAGAGAAGGGCGUUGAUAAGGGGUUCUACACGGUCGGAUCGAGGCUCAUGCGCCUGGAGGAGAAGGUAACUCAGAUGGACACCAAGCUAGAUGAAAUCCUACGUGUCUUCCGAGCUCAGUUGGUGCCAGAAGAGGACCAGAUGUUUCCUCCUGCGCCUGCAUCCCCCACUUCCCACAGGCUGCACCCCUCUCACAGUUCCCCAACUCCCAGUCGGCGAUUCUGAGAACCAUGGUCCAUCUCUUCCAAGGGUCAAGAGAAUGAAUCGUCCGCCACCACUUGUCAAAGUGGCAGAUGUCACUGAGCUGCAUAAGAGGCUUCCUAGGACUGACUCAACAGUCUACAAGAGACAUUCUCCUACCAAGAGUCAACCAGAGCUCCUCGAGGCGCACCAAGUUAGAAAUGCCACAAAAUCCCAUAAGUGGUGCCACAUAUCCACAAGCCCAACAGACCUCCAUUAGAGAUGCCACGUGAAA